GUUGACAAUUCACGUCAGCUUUGACUGAGGGUGAAAAUUCAAAAGAUGUGUCAAGGUGCAGCGGGGCUAGGGCAAUUUUUCCGUGUGUCAACAACUCUUUUAGGUAGGACGCAAAUCCAUGUCGACAAAACAGCGUUGCAAUAUCCACCUCGGCAGUAACAAAAUCGUUCCGUAAAAGGUGCCCGAAGAAGAUCGGCUUUGACAUAGAUGAAGCCAUCUAGACGUAGAAAAUCCAAAACUGCGAUAGGGAGAAAAAAGGAUGAUGUAUUUAAUGGGAAAACUUGACAAAUUUACCAACACUCCUGCAGAAAUCUACAACUAUGUGGAAGUUCUUAACAAGCAGUUUUAUUUUGCAGUGUUGAAAAGUAAAGGCAGCGUCAAACUGAAAAACACGACCGACUCAUACUUUUUCUGCAUGGACGAUGACUUGGUGUACGACAACUACUACGCCGAUUUCGGCCCUUUGAACAUUUCCUGCCUGUACAAAUUUUGCUGUGAAGUGCGAAAGUUGCUUCGGUUCGCUAAGGGGACGAGGAGCGUGGUCUACUACACUUGUUCUCAGCUAGAAAGAAAGACCAAUGCAGCUUGUCUGAUAGGGUGCUUUGCUGUCAUCCAUUUGGGCUUUCAUCCGGAUGAAAUCUGGAAAAUUCUGCUAGAGUUAUCGCCUUAUAAACUCUACAUAGACGCAUCACAAGUAGCGUGUUGCUUCCAUCUGUGCAUCCAAGACGUACUCAACGCAGUGCACAAAGCAGUUCAGUUCAACUUCUUCAACUUUGAGGACUUCAACGUUAGUGAGUACGACAUGUACGACCUACUGCAGUACGGCGACAUCAAUUGGCUGGUACCGCGCAAAUUCCUUGCGUUCAUUGGACCGUCUGAGAACAACCAGGGACAUCCUCCGGGGUACUAUCUCAAGUAUUUCCUCAAGAACGAUGUCAAGUAUGUGAUUAGACUCAACCAAGCGUGUUAUGACUCCAAAGUGUUCAUAAAUGCGGGUAUCCAGCAUGUUGACCUGAUAUUCCCAGACGGUACAACACCACCCCGAGACGUCCUAAUCCGUUUUCUGGAUAUCGCUGAGAUGGGACCAGGAGCAAUCGCUGUACAUUGCAAGGCUGGACUAGGCCGUACAGGCUCCCUGAUUGGUGCCUACUUGAUCAAGCACUACCAUUUGACCGCAAGAGAGGCCAUUGGUUGGAUGAGAUUAUGCAGACCAGGAUCUGUCAUUGGAUACCAACAGAUCUGGUUGGAGAAGCUCGAGCCUUGGCUGUGGAAGAUAGGAAACCAUUACAGAAUGAGAAAAUUCGGCGCCAGCGACAAGCUCCCUCGACAUCGUUACGGCAUCUACAGUAAACAGUGGCCACUGGACAGAGAACGCAUCCUUGUUGAAGCCAGAAAGAAGAUCCAGAUCAAUCUCCCUCGAUCAGAUAAUGAUAAAGCUUCCUCACAGCUCAACCAGAAGCGAGUGACCAGCAAUACUGGAUACCUACAUGGAAAGCAGAUGGCAAAUCUCGGAAGUACAGCGAUGAAGGGCAACUUUAAAGCAUUAUUCGAUGGUACCCCAGACAGUACCACAUCAGCUCGAGAAUCUACUUUCUACCAGGGUGUCUCUAAGUUGAUCAAUACGCAGCAUCACAGUAGCAAGAGCAACCAGCAUACCUCGCUUUUAUCGCAGGUAGCAAAUAGUAUGAGGCACAGCGCGCCGUCGCAUCAAAGGAUCUUGCCGAGCAAUGCCGUAUCUGGUUUGCUGACAGCCGUCCCUAUUCAUGCCAGUGAAGCCACCCAGAAGAGCCAGUGGGCCACACAAGGAGACAAACUGAACGAGAUCAAAGUUGCGAGACUUAUGGCAAAUGCGCAUAGUGCCAACUAAUAGACGGUGUUUCAAAAUAGCAUUUUUAAUUGUUGUCACUAAUGUAUUCAAACUAUCAUUGUAAAUUUAAAUCAUGUCUAAUGUAUAAUAAAUUUCGAUCUGAUCAUGUGAUAGCAUAAAAUGUUACUUACUACUUUGAGCACUCUGUAGUCGUCUGUCGCUGUAUGUCAGCCUACUAUAUAAAAUCCAGUCCCAAAAAAUUACUGUGUCACAUGGGGUAAUCUUUCUUGAUAAUAAUAAAUACCUAUAUUACAAA